GCCAUCUGUCGAGGCAAAAGGAAAUGAAGUGAUUUCGAAUUGUUUACGAUUUUUUUAUACCUUAAUUUUCUGUAUGUGUUGAGUAAGGCAAUAAAGAUUUGUAAUAUUUGAAACGUUUAUAUUUAAAAAGUCUUGAUUUGGGAAACAGAAUUCAAAAUCAAACUUAUCGUUGAACUGUAGCAAAAAUGUCUUUAUCGUUAUAUGUAAUAAAUCGAGACUACUGCUAUUAAAUAUUCCUGAGUCGAAAGAUGUCAGAAGAUGAAGAUUAUAUGUCGAGUGCAUUUUUAGAAAUCCAGGAAGAUAUUCGUCCCGGGCUUUUACCUAAAAGUGUGAAAAGGAAGCUAGAAAUCGAAAAGAAAAGAACAGAAUCCAAUGAGGUGUUUAGAACCAAAUCUCGAAAAUUGCUCGAGGAGGAAUCUAGAAAUGUUGGCUUAAAUUCAGCUAUUGGGUCUGACAACAAAGGUUUUGCCUUAUUACAAAAAAUGGGCUACAAACCUGGCAUGAAAUUAGGGCCAGAGAAGAGGAGCGAUUCUGGUUCAGGAUUGAUAGAACCUAUUAAGAUCGAAGUGAAAACUAACAGGAAAGGUUUAGGAAGAGAAGACGAAAUACGGAGGAGAAUAGAAGAAAGAGAAGAAAGAAGGCAGAAACUGAAAGUUUACCAUGAGCAGGAAACUAAAGCUAUGACUGAAGAAUUUCGUGAAAGAAUGAAAAGUAAAAUAGAUGAUAGACGUUUAAUGAAAGAUCUUAGGAAAUGCCAAAAAACAUGUGAGCAACUAGAUGUAGAAAAUGGCAUUACAGAACCAAUGAGGUCGUGGUUUUGGUACAGCUCAAGUCUAGAGAGAGAGAAUGACGACGAUAAUGGCGAAGAGCAAGAUUGUGAAGAAGAGGAGGAAGAAGAAGAACUGAGCCUGGAAGAAAAAAUUGGUUUCAUAACUGAUUACAUAAGACCCAAAUACUUUUACUGUUCUUGGUGUUGUAUAAAAUAUGACAAUGAAGAAGAUAUGAAUCUGAACUGCCCUGGCCCAGACAAAAGCUGUCAUGAUGAUUUUCUUGAUUAAUUUAUUAUAAUUAUAUAUUAACUGUGUCAUGUGUAUUAAAAAUUUUAAUUUUAGUUCUUAUUUAUAGUUAAAAAGUAAAAAUAUGCUCCAAAAAUUAUUUAUUUGAAAAAUAUAUUAUUAAAAAAUUGUCACAUGGUAUUGCAUGAAUUUCACUUUUUUUUAAAUUUUAAUUUACAUUUUAAAAUAAUCUUUAAAUAUUUUAUGUAAAGAUAUUUUCAUAAAAUAUUAGAUUUUCCCCAUUUAGAUGCUGUGUAUCUUACAUUUCAUUGCAUUGUAUCUUUUUGAAUGUAAUCACAAAAAGUUAAACAAUUUAUUUUUCAAUUAAAACAUAUCAUUUUUUAUUUUUUUAGACCAUUGAUCAGUCUGUCUUAGUUAUCAAUGGAUAUAAUACUGUAUUUCAAAGAAUAUCAAUCUGCCUUUUAAAUAAAUAAAUAAAGCAUUUACUGAAGAGAGAGUUUAAUUAGCUGGCUGAUUUUAGAAACUGAAUUUUAUAAAUGGACAAGAAUUUAUUUAAAAAUCUAAUUAUAAAACAUAUAUUUUAAAAUAAAUUUUAAGGUAAUAUAAUUAAGCAAUCAAGAUGUCUAUAUCAACCAAGUGCAUUUUAGAAACUAUUGAACAUGUUUCCUUUAUAAUUUCCAGGCUCAUUAAAAAAAUUAUUCUCUAACCGAUUUUUUUUUUAAUAAUGAGAAAUGCAUCAAUUUUGAAAUAAACAGCUAUCACAAUUAACAAAUAUUUUAUUGUUUCAAAAAUGAAACAAAACAAUACUUUAGAGUAAGAACACACAUUAAUAAAUAAA